CCGCUGCAGCCUCCCAGUGAGAGAGUGAACCUGCCCGGGCUGAGCGAGCAGGACGUGUGCGGCGGUAAUGGCUGCCAGGGAGAGGGAGGGAGAACACAAACGAAGCCCCGACAAGCGAGCCUAAGGUGAGACUGAGAACAUGUCAACUUCCAGCGGCGGACCCGCGGCCUCUCACACGGUCACACCAUUGUGUGUGCCGCUGGGGCCGCUGGUCCACUGGGCUGGCAGUGAGGACUAGGAUGGUAAGCAGCCAGCCGAAGUACGAGCUGAUCCAGGAGGUGGGGCGUGGCAGUUACGGCGUGGUCUAUGAGGCAGUAGUGAAGCGCACAGGGGCCCGUGUAGCGGUGAAGAAGAUCCGCUGUCACUCUCCAGAGAAUGUGGAGCUGGCUCUGCGGGAGUUUUGGGCCCUAAGCAGCAUCCAAAGCCAGCACCCCAAUGUCAUCCACCUGGAGGAGUGUAUCCUGCAGCGGGACCAGCUGGCCCAGAGGAUGAACCAUGGUUCCAGCUCCCCGCUCUACCUGGAGCUGGUGGAGACGUCUCUUAAAGGCGAGAUCACCUUUGACCCGUGCUGUGCCUACUACUUGUGGUUCGUCAUGGACUUCUGUGAUGGGGGUGACAUGAACGCCUACCUUCUAUCCCGCAAGCCCAGUCGUAAGACCAACACCAGCUUCAUGCUACAGCUGGGCAGUGCCCUGGCCUUCCUUCACCGCAACCAGAUCAUACACCGCGACCUCAAACCGGACAACAUCCUCAUCUCGCAGGCCUGCACACCGGCCGGGUCGUCUGAGCCCACCCUCAAAGUGGCCGACUUUGGCCUGAGCAAAGUCUGCUCCACCUCCGGGCUCAACCCAGAGGAGCCAGCCAGUGUCAACAAGUGCUUCCUGUCCACAGCUUGUGGAACAGACUUCUACAUGGCCCCGGAGGUCUGGGAAGGCCACUACACUGCCAAGGCGGAUAUCUUUGCCCUGGGGGUGAUUAUCUGGGCCAUGGUGGAGCGCAUCACCUUUGUGGACGUGGAGACUCAGAAGGAGCUGCUAGGGAGCUAUGUGCAGCAGGGCACAGAGAUUGUACCCUUAGGGGAAGCCCUGUUGGAGAACCCAAAGAUGGAGCUGCUGAUCCCCGCCAGGAAAAAGAGCAUGAACAGCCACAUGAAGCAGCUGAUCAGGGACAUGCUGUCGGCCAACCCUCAGGAACGGCCCGACGCCUUUGAGCUGGAGCUCAGACUGGUCCGUAUUGCCUGCAGAGAACUGGACUGGGACACGUGAUGGAUGUGAUGGACCACAUACUCAGUCGAUCAAGCACAUGUACACAUCUCAUCAGCUACUCUUAACUUUUUUUUUUUUUAA